AAAACGAAAGAAUUUGCUUAGUUGACAAGUAAGUAGUUCCAAUUGUUAAAGUAUUCAUAUGUCCAAUCAGUUACAAGAAAUUAAGUGAGAAAAAUAAUUAGUAAUAAAGGAGGUAUGGGGUCAUGGGGUGGUCUGCUGGUUUGGCUUUACAGUUAUUUUAUGCUAACAAAUGACCAUUUUUCCUUUAUCUCACACUAACAAUUAACAAAGUAGAGGUUAGGUGUUAUGGACCCCCCUCCCUCCCUAGUCCUCCUCUCUUUAAUCUAUUCUCCACGCCUCUCGCUCUCAGCCUGAGAGCCUGAGAAUAACCUGAGAUGAUGCUAAAGCAACAUUGUCUAUCUUCAUUUCUUUAUUAUGUUAGAUAAAGAAUCUUUACUCUUUAGCACCACUUGUCCUUCGUAUCAUUCAUGCCUUUCCGCUGAUCCACUAACUUCAUUUUAAGUUCCAACUCUCAACUCUUUUAAGCGCACAAAUAUGUUGAAUGCUGAUGCUGAUGCUGAUGCUUGCUUGCUUUAUAUAUGUAAAGGGAGAAAAACAAAAACAAAAGAAAAGAGUGAAAAGGAGAUCGUGAUUCGUGAAGAAAAAAGGCCCAGAAAUUUACAGAAAAAAAAAACCGGAGGAAACCCAAUCAUCUCAAUUCUCAAAACAGCAACAACAGAUUGAAAUGGAGGACGACUCUUCUCCCCUCCGAUCACCCGGGGAAGAUAAAUACAUCUCCCCUCCGGAAAGCCCACCGGACCACGAUGACAUUCCACCCGACAAUUCUCUAUCCAAGGCUAUCGUCCCAGUCGACUUCUACUCCCGUGGUUCCUCUCCGAUAGAAGACAAAAAACCGGUGCCACUUCCCCACGACGAACCCCGCAACAUUCCUUCUCCGGUUGUCGUGGUGAACCGGUCCACCCGGGAAGAGCUACCCGUGGUGACAAAGGUGGAUCCGGGAGGGAGGGACGGUUUGGCGGGCCGGGGCGCGGGAGGCGACGCUACUGAGGAUGGUCAUGGUGGUGAGAGGCGAUCCAAGGCGGUUUUAUCAAUUCUCAGGAGGUCAAGAAGGGAAGUGAUGGUGAAGCGAGCGGCGUUGGGGUUUAGGAUUUGUGCGGCCGUCUUCUGCUUGGUUUCGUUCUCGGUCAUGGCCUCCGAUAAGACGCAGGGCUGGAGUGGUGAUUCAUUCUAUAGAUACAAGGAAUAUAGGUACUGUGUAUCGGUCAGUGUGAUCGCAUUUGUUUACGCUGGAUUUCAGGCGUACGCUCUGUCCUACCACUUAAUCACCGGAAAAUAUGUCAUCCGUCACGCCCUCCGUUGCCUCUUGGAUUUCUCCAUUGAUCAGAUAUUGACGUAUCUUCUGAUAUCGGCAUCGUCGUCGGCAGCCACCCGGGUGGACGAUUGGGUAUCCAAUUGGGGGAAGGAUGAAUUCACCAAGAUGGCCAGCGCCUCCAUCGCUAUGUCAUUCCUUGCAUUUGUGGCCUUUGCCUUCAGUUCCCUCAUCUCCGGCUACCACCUCUGUACUCGUUAUUCCUACACUUGAAACAACAAAUUCAUUUAUGUCCCCACCACCUUCAUCAUCUAUAAUCUAUAUAAAAUAUAUCUGUUCAUAUAUUAAUUAAUUAAGUUAAUUUAUGUCUCCCA